CAGAAGGGGCGCAUGUUUUUAAACAGUAUAUACACGGAUGGAUAUACUUGUAGAAUUUCUUCUGCAAGGAGAGUCCCAGAAGUUCUUGAUGAAGACAAAGUAAAUCUUGAAAUGGCUGAUUUCAACACAAAUGAAGUUGAAGAAUUUUUCCGUACUUGUUUUCUGGAUUCUGGCUGUAAGAAUGCAUAUAUAGUGUAUUAUGGAGAUGAACAGGUUAGGUCUCUGACAGUGAAUGAAUACUAUCACUUUUCUGGGUCUAUAAAUCGAGCAAGAGAACAAAACGCCUUAAAAAUUGGACAAGGCAUAAAAGAUUUGGAGACUCGAAUCCCGACGACUAAAACUUCUUCUGUUGAUUCUUAUAUCAACCAUAUAGUAUAUGUACUGACUCAUUUGGAUCCUUCAGAUAAAUGGAAUAAUUAUUAUGGAAGACAGUGUGCCCUCGAAGAAGCUUCGGAAAAAAAAUAUAAUCGCAAUAGAAGAAAGAAGACUGGUUUCAAUAGAAAGAAAAGGAAGAAGAUGGCUGGGCGAAGAAGUACUAAUAGGCGCAACCCCCCUAUAGAAAUAAGGUAACUAUUCAUAUUUUAGAAGAACUAACCACAAAAGCCACUUUAAUGAAGGGGACACGGCAAAGAUGCCUUUAGUAGUUUUUGGUGAUGGUGUAAAAGGGAGAAGCCAUGUAAAAUAUAGAGGACGAAGAGUUGGCGUUUCGGAUAUUAUCUAUAAGAAUUUGAAA